UUAUAUUUACCUGCUAUUGUUGAAAUGUUAGAGAUGCAGUAGAACUAUUUAAUCAUCAACCGCAAGUUGCGAAUAUCCCUGAACUAUUAGAAAGGGAUGUUACGGGUGUCCCCGGUCAAACAAAGCGCUAGAUACCUGAGAGCCCUCUAGUUCACCGACAACCAUCGGGACACGUUACCGGGCUGGAGAGCACAUUCCGUGUCGCCUCAUCACGCAUUGGACUCUACUGUUCUGAUUUAUUGUCGUUUUAAAUGCAAAGAAAUGCACGGAUGAACAAAAUGCAAGAGUCUUAUUGUCAAAGGACCUCUCCUGGCGUGACUUUUAUUCGUAUUUGAUGCAGCCAGUAUUCGGGUCGGGAUACAAUACGUCGGAUACCAAGGUGAUACUGUAGAUUUCAUUUGAUCCUAUUUCCAAUCGAUGGAAGACCAGUACGUGGAGUGUGAUUAAUACAUCUGUGCACACAUUGUGCACGCCCCUCGGCAACUCUGACUGCAUCGCUGCACGACAGCACUACCACCUGUCGUUGACUUUUAGCAGCGUGUCAUCGACAAAUAGUGCAAGAGGAGCGAGGUAUUGUACACGUGUAUCACUUAAUCGGGUGCGCACCUCACACUUGUCAUUUAGGCUGUUACAGUGCGAUACUGAGCACGAGGAAGAAGUGUAUGUUAGUGGUGGGAUUUGUCCGCGCUGUCAUCCGGUGUCAGUGAGUCUGUCCCCACAUCGCCAACUGCAGACUUCAACAAACUUACUCUGAGUGAAACGUGACCCUCAACGCCAGAUAGGUGUUAACUGUCUUAAUUAUCAGGAUCAGACACACUCGAACUGAAUCAACAAACGUGAAGAGGCCUAUUUGUCAACAGUUUGUACAGAGAAAGCACUAUCACACACAAGGAAGACAUUGUAUCGUCUGCUAUGAUUCUCCGACAUAACAAUAGCUAUUGAACUCCGGUAAUCCGCAUUAGAAACUGUAUUAUCUCGGACUAGGCUUGUGACAGAUCAACGCAUGUUCAGGUUUGGUGGAAGACUGGAGAUCUUUGUUGAAGAUGACGAGCACAAACAGUUCAACGUUCGGCGUAUCACUUUAUUGAACAAACCGAGACAUAAACAACAUAUCGUCUGCUUGUAACCAUCUCCUGGGUGUUUGUUUUCUCUGUGUAUCCUCUGUGGCAUCAGAUGAAGAGAUAAAACAUUGGUGGAACUGUCGUGCUCUCAACUUGUCCACACACUGGAUAAAGAACACACCACCUGUUGCAAGUCAUCACAGGACGUAUUCAGAUAUGCAACACCAGAAGAUAUGUUGGAUACAUAAUUACUUCUGUACACAACGUUCUCCACUGUGUAUCAAGUAGAUUUGGAAUAAACAUAUCACAUGCUGAAAGUUAGAUCCAUAAGACCUGCCAAGAUACUCCUCACCAAAAGAAAACAGAAUGGAGACAGGUAUGUUUCAUAAGUACUUUAUCAUAUAAUGGAUUAGCUUUCUAAGUAAGCACAUGGCUGAUAUAUGCCCUUCAGAUUUGCUCGGCCAUGCAUUUCUAGACGACUCGGAAUACAUUAUAUCAAGGCUUUAUCUCAAUUAUUUCAUGGAGUAGAUUAAGAAGUGAACAUAUCGUGUGCUGAAACUAUCCUUCUGGAACCUGUCACACCCGAGCUAGCAAUCCAGGACAAUAGCCGUGCUGUUGCUGUUUCGUCCCACACUGGGGGGACAUUGUGAGGGAGCGAUCUCCGCGUCUGUGUCUCUGUGUCUCACUGAAUUAAACCCUGUCAUCAGUGCGGAGCAUCCAGUCUGAUGAGGUCUCCCAGUGAUGUCAGAUGCUGAGUGGAAGUAACUGAGCCGUGGACAUCAUCUAUGCCCAUGUACCUAGCCACCCUCCAGCUGAUCAUGUAGUAGUACCUGCAGGCGACUUUUAUCGACAGGGAGGAGGGAUGUGUCGCCCCUGUGAAGACGUGUUGAUGCCACGCAUGGUUGACAUAUACGACGGGAAUCUAUGAACGCCACCCAUGAGGCGGGUCUUGGUGGGAACUGGAUCAGGAACCGCCCAGUUGAAAGUAUCAUAUGUGCGUCUUGAGAACAAACAUAUUCAGAACCCGUGUUUUAGUGGUUUUCAGUUGGAUAUUUAAAGAGUAUAGUCUGGUGAAUUUGUGUUCAUCGUAUUUUUCGAUUAUGGAGUUGAACAGCGGGUAGGAAGCUGUAAUACCUUUGCUGUCGGAAGUUCACCGACUUGCGCACUUUGACUUGUUUUAUCUACAAGGAUACCAGCAGAGAUACGCAUGUAAGUGUUCCGUGUUGUUGAGAGCACGUGGAGAUGUGUGGAUAGCCAGUGUUGUGCUCAUGUAGUUAAGUGUGGAAAACACAGUUGUUCAGAAUCUAACAAACCCGUUAAGAUAAUUCCCAACAAAGUACAGAGGAAUACCCGAUAGUGAUCUCAACCUGAGAGGCUUGCUGAAGAGGUGCCUGAAUGACAAGCGUGGGAACUUGUAAAUGUUACGAUACCGCUAUGUACCCAAGCGCUCUACCCGAAGGGAGGCAGCGGAGGAGGACACUCAGGGGGGUCCCGGGCAGACGACGCUCCAGCGCAGACUACAAUUGUCCGGGGCCAAAGUGCAAAUGGCUGCAGAAGCACCCCCUCCCCCUCCCGAAGUCAAAGCUGACCCGCCCUCAGACGAUGUUGAGGAGACCGAUAAAGGCAAAGACUCCGGCAGAGAAGGAUUGUCCGGAAUGCAUCAGCCUCGUAGAAGAAAGAAACGGCCGAUCCAUGGCGUAAAGACGGUGGCAGUGACCAGAGGCAGGUCAGGCUAUGGCUUCACGAUCUCCGGGCAGCACCCCUGUGUCCUUAGCUGUAUUGUGUCUGGCAGUCCUGCAGAACAGGCAGGACUGAAACCAGGGGACUAUCUAGUGUCUGUGAACGCCGAAAAUGUGUCCCGCUACAGCCACGAUGAUGUGGUGCGUAUGGUUGGCUUGUCUACUGGAACUCUCGAACUGCAGGUGGCGGAGAACUACAACAGCUCCGAUUCCUCGGAUGAUGAUUACCCAGCCACGUACAAAGUCAAGAUACCCAAAUCGUAUACGUCCUCGUCAAGGUUGUGAAAGAAAUAUGAGGGAUAAACAUUCCAAUUCUGAUCUCAAUGGCAGACCCCACAGAGGGGCAGAUGUAAGGGGAGAUAACUUGAAAUCAAGACAUAGGCAGGUGAUAGGUGGUGAGUCUGAGACCUCGCAGAACUCAU